AAUUCCAAUAUGCGGGUUUAGAUAUUUUUUUCCCUUUUUCCAUCUUUUUCCUUACAGCACGAAAAGUGGAAAGAAACACACCGGAGAAGAAGGAGGAGCGAACAAGAAACACGAAGUAAUACCAAAGAUUCACCAUUGAAUAAACCUUUCACUCCCACCAUCUUUGCCGUCUAGGGUUUUUAUUCUCAACUCUUACUCAAAUAUCUUUCCUUCUUCUCUACUUACUUUCUUUUUCUCCUUCUUAUUCUUCUUCUUCUUCUACUACUACUUUUUCUUCUUCUUCUUCUUCUUCUUCUUCUUCUUCUUCCUGUUUCAUCGUCUUUCAAAAACCCUAAUUCUUCAUGCACCACUUUCAACUCUUCUUCACUCCACUUCAAGAUUGCCUUUGAAGUUGAGUCAAUUUUGCCUCUCUUCCUAUGGGUGCCCCAGAUAGAUCUCCGGCGACCUCCAAUUCUAUGCAGCGUGUCAAAGUAUAUCGUUUGAAUGACGAUGGUAAAUGGGAUGAUCAAGGAACUGGACAUGUUACUGUUGACUAUUUGGAGAGAUCAGAGGAAUUGGGAUUGUGUGUUGUUGAUGAAGAGGACAACGAGACUCUACUUCUACACCGUAUUAGCUCAGAUGACAUUUACAGAAAGCAAGAAGAUACUAUAAUCUCUUGGAGAGAUCCAGAAUAUUCUACAGAAUUAGCUCUUAGCUUUCAAGAGACAACUGGAUGUUCAUACAUAUGGGAUCACAUUUGCAAUGCUCAAAGGAAUCUCCAUUUUAGUUCUCUCAACAAUGAUACGUUCCACAGCAUGAACAGUGAGUUGAGAGAGUUGCCUGCAAUUGAGCUAUCGACACUCCCCCUAAUACACAAGAUUGUUGUUGAAAGUGGCAUUACGGAUCAGAUGCGGUUAGUGGAACUCAUAGUUGCCAAUCAAGAUUUUUUCAAAAAGCUGAUGGACAUAUUUCAUAUCUGUGAAGACUUGGAAAAUCUUGAUGGUCUUCACAUGAUAUACAAAAUAGUCAGAGGGAUCAUCAUGCUGAAUAGCUCUCAGAUCUUUGAGAAAAUUUUUGGAGAUGAAUUAAUCAUGGACAUCAUUGGUUCUCUAGAAUGUGGGUUUUAUGGCUCUGUUAACGUGGGGUUGAGAACUUCUACGUACUCUUUUAUUAUCAUCUCUCUGGUUUUGUUGCUGAAACUGCGCUUAGAAUAUAAUGAUCCAGAGUUGUCUCAUGUCCAGCAUCAUCGUAACUUUUUAAAAGAGCAUGUCAUUUUCAAAGAGGCCAUACCCAUCAAGGAUCCAUUGGUUUUGUCGAAGAUACAUCAAACAUACAGAAUUGGCUAUCUAAAGGAUGUUGUUUUGGCUAGAGUAUUGGACGAGUCCACAAUUGCAAAUCUAAAUUCCAUUAUCCAUGCAAACAAUGCGCUGGUUGUUUCGUUGUUGAAGGAUGACAAUACAUUUAUUCAGGAGUUGUUUGUAAGGUUGAAAUUGCCAACAACUUCUGAAGAAUCUAAGAAGAAUUUGGUACAUUUUUUGCACGAAUUUUGCAGUUUAAGCAAAAACUUACAGAUGGUUCAGCAGCUACGGCUUUUUCGGGAUCUUAUGAAUGAGGGAAUUUUUGAUGUCAUUGCUGAUGUAUUACAAUGUCCAGAUAAAAAGUUUGUGUUAACUGGGACAGAUAUCCUUAUUCUUUUCUUGAACCAAGAUCCAAAUCUUCUACGUUCUUAUGUUGUUAGGAAGGAAGGAAUUCCACUCCUAGGACUGCUGGUUGAAGGCUUGAUUACGGAUUUUGGUGAGGAGAUGCACUGUCAGUUUUUUGAAAUCCUUCGAUGUUUACUGGAUUCCUACUCAUUAUCAGGAGCAGCCCAGAGAGAAACUGUCGUUGAGAUAUUCUAUGAAAAUCAUUUCGGUCAAUUAAUUGAUGUUAUAGCAGCGUCAUGCCCUUCAGAAGGUCUAGAACAGUCUGGUGUACCAAAGAAUCGGAGUGUAGUAAAGCCAGAAAUACUAUCCAGCAUUUGUGAACUGCUUUGCUUUUGUGUUCUGCACCAUCCUUACAAAAUAAAGAACAUCUUUCUCCUUAAUAAUGUUAUAGAUAAAGUGUUGUUACUGACUCAUAGAAAGGAAAAAUAUUUGGUUGUUGCAGCUAUUCGGUUUGUUCGAACUAUUUUGUCUCGACAUGAUGAUGAUUUGACAAGUCAUUUUAUAAAAAAUAAUCUUCUAAAACCAAUUAUAGACGUCUUUGUUGCUAAUGGGAAUCGUUACAAUCUGCUCAACUCUGCUGUUUUAGAUUUGUUUGAGUAUAUCCGCAAGGAAAAUCUGAAAUCUUUAGUUAAGUACAUAGUUGAUUCAUUCUGGAACCGGUUGGUCCAGUUUGAGCACAUGGCUUCAAUUCAGUCUCUAAAAGUAAAAUAUGAACAGUGCCUAGACGAUAUUGGUACAAGCGGCACAGCUACUAAUGUGUUAGAUCCUAGAAAAAGAAUUGAGGAGCGUGCUUUGGAGAAAGAAGAAGAAGACUAUUUUAACGAAGAGAGUGAUGAGGAGGAUACUGCAACUGCAUCUGUUUCAAAUGUACAGAGAGCGCAAUCCCCACCUCUUCUAUGUAAUGGAGUUCCUGCAAGUUACCCUCCAUCAAGUUCUCGACCUGGUGGUGGACUUGUUGACUAUGAUGACGACGAGGACGAUGAUGACUUCAUCUACAGGCCACCACCAAGAAAACAAUCAGAAACAGCGGAAGAAGAUGAUGGCGCAUUUCAUACCCUCAGGUUGAAACGGAGACCUCUACACAAGGACAAGGAUCCCGAGAAGGGGAAAAAGCAGCGACCAGGUAAAAACGCUAAGACAAAAGAUGGUAUAUUUGCUGCCUUGUGUUCAACACUGAGCCAAGCAGUUCUUCCCAAUAAAAAUGCAGUGAGCUCUCAAUCUAGGUCCCCUCCAACUGAUGGGAGCAAAAGUUCAGAACACGAGAGCCCAAAAGAGACGGAUGAGAAUGCUUUAAGAAGCUCAACGGAUGAUGGCAGUAGCAGUUUGGACGAGGAUAGCCAUACAGAAAAGCAAUCAAUUUCUUCGAAGAAGUGUUCUGAUCCAACGCAUAAACCUUCAGAUAAUACACAGUUGAGUGGAGAAGAGUGUUCAUUGAUUCCUCCAAACUCCUCUCCUGAAAUGACUGUAAAGGGAUCGUAGGUUCUCUUCAUGGCAGGGUAAUUGCAGUUUUCUUCCAUUUUCGUUUGCCUUGUGAAUAUGCUUUUGUGCAAAAAGGGACCUGGACUAGUCUUGGAUCGACAACUUCAAAAGAAGCUAGUCUUGGAACAAAUUAGCUUCGAGGCUUUCCAUCAAAGGCAGUGGAGCUAGUUGAUGCCUGUAUAAUAGUGUACUGACAGAGUGGUGGAUUAGAAGCCUUGUGUUGCAUUCGAGCGCCCAAACAACCUUCCACCAAACCGUUUUUUUUAUCGCGAGUUUAGAGAACUGUUGCUUUAAGUUGAACAGUUGUUGGCAUCAAUUUUGUUAUCUGAUUUCAACCCCUUCCCCCCCACUCCCACCCCAAACCUAAAAGAGAUAGAGCGGGGGUGUAUACAGAUAUUUAUAUCCCAUGGGUUCAGCUGUGUAAACUAAUGUCAUUCAGUAGAUAGGGACGAGCAAGUCCCUACCAAAGAAUAUGGAUUUUAUUACUUACAUUCCUCAUUCAGUAUGUUUCCUAUUUGGAUUGGGUUGGGCGGAAUCAAAUUUUCUCUUUACGCUCUUCCAAGCUUAUCCAACUAAAAUGUAGUCUAAACGUCUGUAUAGCGGACUUUGAAUUCAAUUACUCUUUUAUCCGUC